UCAAUAACUGAAACUUCCUCCAUCACUAACAUUCAGCCGUUACAGGGUGACGAGUGGCAACGCGGGGCACCCAAAAAUAGACCUAAUCACCACACACACACACACUCAUACACACAUACACACGCACGCAAGCAUGGGCAUUAAGCAUGACUGUGCAGUCUGGGUGUGUGCCAGUAAGUUCAUUUCACACACCCUGAUGUGUAACUUCAACAUGUCAACACAACAAACCACAAAUUUCCCUUAGCACGCUUGACGAGGAGAGGGAGGAGAGGAUGAAGGAGCGCAUGGUGAGGAACAACCAGCCAGUGAGUGACAAGGAGCAGCUAUGAAGGGAACAGCACUUGUCCUGCUUUUAGUCGCCGUCAUGACAGAUGUUGUAGCUGGGGUGGACGUAUGUGUCACCUGCCACCCAAACGCCACCUGUGAUGACAAGACGGACGGCUCUGGAGGGAAAGUGUGUAACUGCAUGUACGGCUUUGUGGGAAACGGCAGAACCUACUGCCAGGAUAAAGACGAGUGUAAGCUGGGGCGGAUCUGCGGCGAUCACAGCCGCUGUCACAACACCUACGGGAGUUACUACUGCACGUGUACGUCGGGUUACAGCCCCACCAACAACCUGGCGGUGUUCAUCCCUAACGACGGCACAUACUGCCAUGAUGUGGACGAGUGUGUUAUGGACGGGAUCUGCGGUGAGGGCGGUGUGUGUAAGAACACAGACGGUGACUUCUCCUGCACGUGCAGAACCGGAUACACGGUUCAGAACGGAUUGGAACCAUUCCAGCCUCGCACAGACACUGCCUACUGCAAGAUGGUAGAUUGCGGUCCCCCUCCUUUUGUCCCUCAUGCUGUCCAUGUCCCUCUGCUCCUCACACAUUAUGGCAGCAUCCUGCAGUUCGCCUGCGCAGACGGUUUCACCGUGACGAGCGGAAACACCACGGCCGUCUGUGGCCCUGACGGACACUGGAGCUUUCCCAGCAUGCACUGCCAAGAGGUAGACUGUGGAAUCCCCCCUUCAUUCCCUCACGCAGAACCAUUGUGGAACGGGGUCAGUAACGUGGGUUCAGAAGUGCGUUACCGGUGUGUGGAAGGUUUUUCUAACCCCAGACCCGAGGACGUGAGUGUGUGUACGAGCAGAGGAACGUGGAGCCUCGCGCACUUCCUCUGUCAAGAGAUCAGCUGUGGCCCUCCACCUACUCUCCCCCAUGCUGUAGUAUCAUGGGAUGGCAGAAGCACUAUAGGCUCUAGAGCUCUUUAUGAGUGUGAAGCGGGAUAUCGCAGUGUGGGAACGGGGAACGUGUCGGUGUGCGACUCUCACGGGCGCUGGACAGAACCUGACAUCACAUGCAAAGAGAUCCGAUGCUCUGACCCCCCUGUGCUGCCCCACGCUGGCCGGGUGUGGGACGGCAGUGUGCGUGUUAACAGCUCUGUGCUGUAUUACUGUAAGGAAGGAUAUUAUCCUGCACUGGGAGGAAAUAUAUCAGUGUGUACUGAGAACGGUUCAUGGAGCAGAGCGACUCUGUUAUGCCGAGAGAUCCGAUGCUCUGACCCCCCUGUGCUGCCCCACGCUGGCCGGGUGUGGGACGGCAGCGUGCGUGUUAACAGCUCCGUACUGUAUUACUGUAAGGAGGGAUUUUAUCCUGCACUGGGAGAAAAUAUAUCAACAUGUAUUAAUAACGGUUCAUGGAGCAGAGCGACUCUGUUAUGUCGAGAGGUGGAGUGUGGAAUUCCCCCGUCAUUCCCUCACGCAGUAAUGUUGUGGGAUGGAGUCAGUAAUGUGGGUGCAGAAGUACGCUAUAAGUGCGUUGAUGGUUUUUAUAACACUGGACACGAGGACGUGUGUGUGUGUACGAGCAGAGGAACAUGGAGUCUCAUACACUUUCUCUGUCAAGAGGUAAACUGCAGCGAGCCCCGUCCUGUCCCUCACACACUGAUGGUAUGGAACGGCAGCUCCACCUUCGGCUCUGUGGCUCAGUAUAAGUGUGAAGCCGGAUAUCGGAGUGUCAGUGCAGAAAGUGUGUCUGUGUGUGGCUCUGACAACCAGUGGACUGCUGUACAACUUCACUGCGAAGUGUCCUGUGGUCCGGUCCCGAUCCUGCAGAACGCCGAGGUUCUCUGGGAAAACGGCACCAUCGCCGUCCACCACUGCGUUCCAGGUUACUACAGACAUUCAGGAAGUGACAUAUCGGUGUGUGACCCCACAGGAAGAUGGCGGCUGGCCACCAUGCGUUGCAGAGAGAUGACGUUCAGCGUUCAGGGUUUGACCGUGAUUAAUGAGAAAUGUCUGCACUGGAGGACAUCUGCAGAAACACAAGGCUACAAACAGCAGUACAAAGUGGUGUUUAUUGGCGUGAGGGAUUUCGAUCCCUCGUUCAGUGAUCGGCAGACGAAAGUGUUUGUCUUGUCAGCGUUACAUCCGACUGUGUGUUUAAACCUGCAGCCCAUCACUAACUACACCAUCACUGUGACGGAACAGGAGACCGGAGACACGGCCACUGUUACCGCCAACACCAGCAUACACACUCCGCCUACUCCUGAGAUUGGGUACAGCGAGGUUGAUUACCACCGACCGACCCUACGAUUACGAAGAGUUACCAGUACACUGGACGCGAUUUGUGUGUAUCAGGUGAUCGUCCUACCCGUGGUUGACGUCUUGGUCUUCGACUGCAGCUCGUCUCGUGUUUGCAGAGACGAGUACAUCGCGGCUCAGCUGCAGCUCCGUGAGCUCGACGUGGAGGUGAACUUCACGCUGGGGAACCGAAAGCACUAUGGUCCCUUCUACAACGCCCCGCUGGACAACGGGCGAGAUUACUACAUCAUCCUGCGCACCGCCUGUACCUGGGGGAAGGUGAGAAAGCAGUCCUGUGUUAUCUGGGCCAAAGCCAUAGGCGCCUUCUACGCUACCAGGAUUUCAGCUUUGGCGACGUUCGGCUUUAUCGGCGCUCUGGGUUUCUUUGGCUCGACGGUUUACUGCUGCUGCUGGUCAGACUCUGAGUUUAUUCUUUCUUAUGCACCCUUGUCCACUUCUCCAAGGGAGUAAAGAACAUGUAGACCUUUUUAAAAAAGUGGGGUACACCCUGGACGUUGUGCCGAUCCGUCUCAGGGCGCACGCACACAUACACACACACUCACACACUCAUUCACACACCAUGGGGCAAUUCAGUAACGCCAGUUAACCUAAUCUCCAUGUCUGUGGACCGUGGGAGGAAACCGAAACAUUGGUGUAGGAAAUCCACCAAGCACAGGGAGAACAUGCAAACUCCAUGCUUACAGACCUGCGGCAGUUAUCAAACUCGGACCCCGGAGGUGUCAGUGCUAACCACUAAGCCCUCAGUACUAGUUAACAAUGGUCUUUGUAUUAAAGCAGCUUUACAAAACCAAAAGUGUUAGGAAAUAUGUAUAAAUCAUAGUUUAACUGUACAAUUUAUGGUUGUACAUUAUAGUUUUAUUACGCUUUAUCCUGUAUACAGGGUCACGGGGAGGCUGGAGCCUAUCCCAGGAGACAUGGGGCGCGAGGCGGGGUACACCCUGGAAGGGGUGCCAAUUUAUAGCAGGUCACACACACAUUCACACAUUCAUGUGCACACUGUUAAUCUAAUCUGCAUGUAUUUAGAAUGUGGAGGAAACCAGAGUACCUGGAAGAAACCCAGAAACACAAGGCUACAAACAGCAAUACAAAGUGACUAAUACAUGCAGACACACACACACACAUUUAAUCAAGCACAGGGAGAAGGGGAAUCGAACCGGGACCCUGAAGGUGCGGGUCCACACACUACUAACCACUAAGCCACCGUGCUGCCUAUGGAAAUGUGCCGUUAACGUAAUUCUUACUGUCAACACUUGGGUACGAUAUUUAUUUAUUAUCACCAAACCAGUGAAUAGCAAGACCUGAUUUACAUUAAGCGACGUCCAUAAAAAGGCUUUUAUCGCUGUUUUACGCUACUUAAAAAUAGCUUAAAUAUCAUGUUACACUACUUUCUUCGUAAAGUAAGAUAUGAGGAUUAAACUAAGAAGAAAUGGGAAGUGAACAAGGGUGCAAUAAAUACAUGACUGAGGAAAAUAUAAAUAUAAAUAUGCCA